AUGGACUGUGGGCACUUAGCGAGCAGCGAGGAGAUCCCCAGCCCGGGCGCGGAGGCCGAUUCCCUGCUGCCUUGCCCUGCCGGCAGCAAUUCCUGCGUGUCCUUGGCGGGCGGGCCGCGGGCCGGGAGCGCUCCGGGCCGCCCCGCCGCCGCCAACGCCGCCCGGGAGCGCAGCCGGGUGCAGACCCUGCGCCACGCCUUCCUCGAGCUGCAGAAAACUCUGCCCUCCGUGCCCCCCGACACCAAGCUCUCCAAGCUGGAUGUGCUCCUCCUGGCCACCACCUACAUCGCGCACCUCACCCGCAGCCUUCAGGAUGAGGAGGAGUCACCGGGAGAGGGCUUGGGUACGCUCCGCGGGGAUGGAUAUCUCCACCCGGUCAAGAAGUGGCCCAUGCGUUCCAGGUUGUACAUUGGAGCCACGGGACAGUUUCUGACUCACUCAGCACAAGGAGACAGCGCAAACCAUGGGGAAUCAUCAACAUCUUCACACAUCUAA